AAUUGUUCAUAGUAUUCUCUUACUUUUUUUUUUUUUUUUUUUUUUUUGUAUUUCUGCCGUAUUGGUCAUUAUUUCUCCUCUUAUUUUGUUUAUUUGGGUCAUUUCUCUCGAAAAGCACGACUUUAAAUGAAAAUUCAGUGUUAUCCUUCAAUUUGAAGGUUAUGGCUUAAAUAUUAAUCAACUACCACACCUCAAAUUGGCCACCUUUCUUCCAAGUUCUCUAUUAUUAUGGAGCCAUUUGUUCUCUACUUCCUCCCAGUGGUGACCUCCUGGUGAUCUUUGAUCUUUACGUUCCACAUCCACAUGCACCUGGUGGACUAGUUUGCUUGCCUCCUUCUCUGUGGCAUUGUUCAGAUGCAUAUGUUAUUCUUCCUUCCUGUCCUCAAAUACCCUGGCAAAGCCCUGGGUCAUGCCUGCUGUUUAUAAACUCCUUUCCUUGGAACGCCCGUCUUCUCCUGUCCCUCUCAAAGCAUUCUUCCCUGCUUCAAUCAUGUUGCUCCAAGCUCCCAACCACACGGGCCCAUCAAUCUUCUGAACCAUCUGCAGACUUCGGACAGCAGCCGCAGCUGCCCCAUCUCAGGUAUGGGACUCGUCUCUUCUUUGCCAGCGACUGUCUCUCAAACCUUCUCUCACUCUCAUCUUUAGUCUUCUCCUCUGACUCUCUGUGCGUGGCAUCCUCCCUUUUCCUGGUCACCUUUUAGCACCAGCUCUCCCUUUCACUCACAGAUUGGGGUUUGACCUUUUAAAACGUUUGUUCUGAUCGACUUCACAAACUUCUGGCUCAUGUCAUAAUUCUGGAAGCAUCCAUUCCCGAAGCCCUCUCGUAUAAUUAGUGCGGUGGUCGGUAGCGUGGCUCUGGCAUCAACUCCAACUGCAUUUUAACCCUGGAUGUGCACGACUGUGCUUUGUGCUUACCUACAGAUUUGACUUUGUUCCUAAUAGAAAGGUGGGGAAAGCAGGUGUUUGUUGAAUUGAAUUAAAGGAGAGUUAUGGGCCCUCUCGGCUUUAUUACCUGGGGCUCUGGACACUGGUUCAGGACCUCCACCUUCACCUCACUGGCAGGGAAUGGUCUUCGCUCAGAAUAACCAAGUUCCCUGCUUCCACUGACACCAAAUCCCCCUCAAGCGGGACAUGGAGAAGGCACUUGAUCCCGGAGGCAUCUGCUCCUGCGGCUGACGUCAUGCUCUGACAGAGCGCUGUCCUAGGGGCUCCAUGUCCACAUGUGGAUCAGACAUCAAACAGAAGUAGAGGAAAAUAGCUCAGGAGCAAGCUGCCGGCUCUGACGAGGGGACUCAGCCACUCUCCAAAUAGCACCUCCGGAGCUGCCUGCAUUCUUGAGACAAUACAUUUUCUUCCAGCGCACCCAGGAAUAAACGCAGCUCUGUGUCCAGGCUGUGGGGAUUAGUUCUCGCUGGGUGAUGGCUGAAAGAACAAGGGCUCCUCCUUUUCCCAUAAAGCUGGCUAAUAAUACACUGGUAAGUCAUCUGUCCCCCAGCUGAUCAGAGGAGGAAUUCCGCACCAGCCGAGGGUCCAGUUAGCCCUGAAAGCUGCCUAUUUAAGCACCAAGAGGUCUUCUUUAAGAUUUCUCUCUCUUUGGAUGGAAAUCUUUUUAACACACACAUAUAUAUAUGUCCCUUCUGCCUCCUCAUAUCGAUAAAACAAAUAUCCAAUAUGAUCUACUCAAUGUCAUCAAUAUAACCAGUCGUACUGUGUGUAACACAUGGAAACCUUCAGACAGGGAAGAAAACUUCAAAUCUACAAUGUGCUAUAAACACAGCACUGGGCAGGGCGUGCCUGACAUUUUAAUAUCCUAUCAAAUGCACAUAACUAGUCUGUGAGGCAGCUGUAUCAUCCCCAUUUUACAGAUGAGAAAACAGAGGCUCAGAGAAGUUAGGCACAAUGCCUGCCAUCACACAGUAAAUGAGAGGGCAAGCGGUGGGAUUCACACCCAGGCCCGUCUGACUCCAAAGCUCCACAGCCCGCAGCUGCUGCUGCACGUGCAGUUCUUCCCUCCUACAGAUAAUUUUCCAGAUGGCCAUACUUUUUGAUUCCUGGUAUCUAGUUUUAAAACUUUUCUCUGUGGCAGUUAUUGUUGUCAUUUCUGUCCUCUGGAGAGUGGAGCUCUCUGCCUAACCCUGACCCUCCUUCUCUGGCCUUGGGCAAGCUUCCUACCCCUCCUGCCUUCCAGCUCCUCCUAUGCAAAAGCAGGCUGACCAGCAAACAACCUCUGAGAUCCCCCAGCUGAACACUCUAUACCUGCAGGAGGAAGAAGCGUGAUGGGAAGAAGGACGACAGGCUGCGUGAUUUGGAAAAGCUGGGGUGGAAAGCCGUCGGCACUUCAGAGCUGGGGCUGGGCUCAGUAAUGUGACCUGGGGCUGUUUUACAGCGAACUCAGGGAAGACCUGUAUGGAAAACAUCCUUUCGGCUUCCUGGAGGUGGGUAUGGAUAUGGUUAUACAGAGAGACAGGUAAACUGGUGACAAAAGGCAAAGAGCAAACUGAGCCUUUUCCCGUUGCCCACAGAGUCCCUCCCAGCCGUAACUCUAGGUGUUUAAGAAGGAGCCGCCAGCACCUCUCCCUGUCCCGUGGCCACCCUGCUACGUCACUGCCCAAGGUGUGGUCAGGGCCCCUCGCACUGUCCCUCAGCCCCGUGGGGCUUGCUAACCCUCUGCUCCCACAGGUGACAUGCACCUGCCCUGACCAGGCCUCCAAGGAGAUGCCUGGCCAAUGGCACAGAGACUUGGACUGAGGUCACUGGGCAGGCAGGACAGGACCUCAGGCAGACCGCUUCCCUUCAGAGCACGGAUGCACCCUUUAGGAGGGUCGGGCUCUCUUCUUGGAUGGGGAGGGGCUCUAGGGACGGGGGUUUCAGUCCCAGCUGGAGCAAGGAGGUGGCCUGGGGGGGUGUGACAGGCAGCAAGCCCACAGCAGGCUGCUGGGGCAAGCGAGCGGGCUCCGUACUUCCUGACUCCCCCGCUGGUGGCCACUCACCUUUCUGGCCUUCACAGAGCAGGCAUUUCGUAAAUGUGCGCUUUGAUCUAAAGUCCCCUAAAUGUCAAAACGAUUGAGUCACCGUUUAUCCUACAAACCAUUAAGGGUAAAGGCUGCAUCUUCCGUUUCUUGUGUACCUUCUUGAAGCGCUCUGCAUUGGGGCCAGCAUACAGUGGAUGCUUAAUUAAUGUCCCUGCACCUUGGGGACCACAGUCCUGCUCCCCCUGCCCUACCCACACCUCUUCGAGUGGCCUCCGUAUCCACGCCUGGUGUGGGUGCGUUGGGAGGGGCAGCUUUUAUUCUCAAGUGGGAACUGCUGACACUCUUUAAAAUUAAUGACCAAUUAACGAGGGUACCUGCUGGCCACCCUCCCAAAGAUUUGUCAGGAAAAAUAGGGAAAAAACAAACAGACAUAAAGUAGAAGGGGAAGAAGCUUCAUUCUUCUCCGGAAGCUUCAUUUUUCCAACCCUGACUUAGAAACAACCAGACUUGUUAGACAGCCCCCCCCAGUCACCCCCCGUUUCUCUGCAGGCCAUGCCUUCCCCCUACCCCCCACCCAGGCCAGCAGCUGGUCUUUCCUAAUCCAUAGUAUAUCUCAAUAACAACAGGUCCUUAAAGCAGCUGUUGCUGUGGAUACUGUCUGGCCGGGUAGCUCCCCCAUCAUUAAUUUACUUGUUGGUCUUACUGGCACUUAAGAAAGGAUUCAGUUAAUAAUGAUACUAAUGAGAUAGAAAGUUACACAGUGAAAGGAGGAGGAGGAAGAGGAUCGUUGUUGUUGUUGUUUCUGGCCGAGUUUUACAAUCACACCACCCUGUGUUGUGACAAAAGUCUUGCUCAAAACUCCAAGAGGAUUUUAAUAGUUUUGUCCUUGGCUUCCUCCCUUUUCCCACAGGACAAGAUUUCUAAGUACCUGCUGCCCAGGGCUGCACACUGAUGUCUGAGCCCGUGGCGCCCGCAGGAUGGAGUUAGGCAGGAGCCCCAGCGAGGCUGUCCCAUCACACUGAGUGAGGACACCCCGAGCCCAAGUUCAAAGGAAGGCAUCUCAAACCUCCAGCUUUCCCCAAUGGGAAAAUGGUUGUGGAUCCCGCUCAUUUCUAUAUAUACCUCUCCCUUGGCAAUGACAAAAAAAAAGUCUGAUUUCCCACGACUGCUGUUGUCCGCUGAUCUCCCGUGGGUGUGACCCUCAGCAACACCUGGGUUUUUGCAGAAGAGGAAACCGACACCAUGAGCAGCGGCACUGAAAUGGAAGUGUUCGGCAUAGCCGCUCCCUUCCUCCGGAAGUCAGAAAAGGAGAGGAUCGAGGCUCAGAACCAGCCUUUUGAUGCCAAAACCUACUGCUUUGUGGUCGACUCAAAGGAAGAAUACGCCAAGGGGAAAAUUAAGAGUACCCAGGAUGGGAAGGUCACGGUGGAAACCGAAGACAACAGGACCCUGGUGGUGAAGCCAGAGGACGUGUACGCGAUGAACCCGCCCAAGUUCGACCGGAUCGAGGACAUGGCCAUGCUGACGCACCUGAAUGAACCGGCCGUGCUGUACAACCUCAAGGACCGCUACACCUCCUGGAUGAUCUACACCUACUCGGGCCUCUUCUGUGUCACUGUCAACCCUUACAAGUGGCUGCCGGUGUACAACCCCGAGGUGGUGGAGGGCUACCGGGGCAAAAAGCGCCAGGAGGCCCCGCCCCACAUCUUCUCCAUCUCUGACAAUGCGUAUCAGUUCAUGCUCACAGAUCGUGAAAACCAGUCUAUUCUGAUUACUGGAGAAUCCGGGGCAGGAAAGACUGUGAACACCAAAAGGGUCAUCCAGUACUUUGCAACAAUUGCAGCGACUGGAGACCUCGCCAAGAAGAAGGACUCCAAAAUGAGGGGGACUCUGGAAGACCAGAUCAUCAGCGCCAACCCGCUGCUGGAGGCCUUCGGGAACGCCAAGACCGUGAGGAACGACAACUCGUCCCGCUUUGGCAAGUUCAUCCGAAUCCAUUUUGGUACCACGGGCAAGCUGGCCUCUGCAGAUAUUGAAACGUAUCUGCUGGAAAAAUCGAGAGUAACCUUCCAGCUGAAGGCUGAGAGGAGCUACCACAUCUUCUACCAGAUUCUUUCCAACAAGAAGCCCGAGCUCAUAGAGCUGCUGCUUAUUACAACCAACCCUUAUGACUACCCGUUCAUCAGCCAGGGUGAGAUCCUGGUGGGCAGCAUUGACGAUGCGGAGGAGCUGCUGGCUACGGAUAGCGCCAUUGACAUCCUGGGCUUCACCCCAGAGGAGAAGUGUGGACUCUACAAGCUGACAGGCGCCGUGAUGCACUACGGGAACAUGAAGUUCAAGCAGAAGCAGCGGGAGGAGCAGGCAGAGCCAGACGGCACUGAAGUGGCUGACAAGACAGCCUAUCUGAUGGGCCUGAACUCUUCGGACCUCCUGAAAGCUUUGUGCUUCCCCAGAGUGAAAGUUGGGAACGAGUAUGUUACCAAGGGCCAGACUGUGGACCAGGUGCACCAUGCCGUGAACGCCCUCUCCAAGUCCGUCUACGAGAAGCUGUUCCUGUGGAUGGUCACCCGCAUCAACCAGCAGCUGGACACCAAACUGCCCAGACAGCACUUCAUUGGCGUCCUGGACAUCGCGGGCUUUGAGAUCUUUGAGUACAACAGCCUGGAGCAGCUGUGCAUCAACUUCACCAACGAGAAGCUGCAGCAGUUCUUCAACCACCACAUGUUCGUGCUGGAGCAGGAGGAGUACAAGAAGGAGGGCAUCGAGUGGGAGUUCAUCGACUUCGGGAUGGACCUGGCCGCCUGCAUUGAGCUCAUCGAGAAGCCGAUGGGCAUCUUCUCCAUCCUGGAAGAGGAGUGCAUGUUCCCCAAGGCCACAGACACCUCCUUCAAGAACAAGCUGUAUGACCAGCACCUGGGCAAGUCCAGCAACUUCCAGAAGCCCAAGGCGGUCAAGGGCAGGGCCGAGGCCCACUUCUCGCUGAUCCACUAUGCGGGCACCGUGGACUACAGCGUCUCGGGCUGGCUGGAGAAGAACAAGGACCCCCUGAACGAGACGGUGGUCGGCCUGUACCAGAAGUCCUCCAACAGGCUCCUGGCACACCUCUACGCCACCUUCGCCACAGCAGACGCUGAUGGUGGGAAGAAGAAAGCUGCCAAGAAAAAGGGCUCUUCCUUCCAGACCGUCUCUGCCCUCUUCAGGGAAAACCUGAACAAGCUGAUGUCAAAUUUAAGAACAACCCACCCUCACUUUGUGCGCUGUAUAAUUCCCAACGAAACCAAAACCCCAGGGGCCAUGGAGCACAGCCUUGUCCUGCACCAGCUGCGCUGUAAUGGUGUCCUGGAAGGAAUCCGCAUCUGCAGGAAGGGGUUCCCAAACAGGAUUCUCUAUGGGGAUUUUAAACAAAGAUACCGAGUGCUGAAUGCCAGCGCCAUCCCUGAGGGGCAGUUCAUCGACAGCAAGAAGGCGUGUGAAAAGCUGCUGGCAUCCAUCGACAUUGAUCACACUCAGUACAAGUUUGGACACACCAAGGUGUUCUUCAAGGCUGGCUUGCUGGGAACCCUGGAGGAAAUGCGGGAUGACCGCCUGGCCAAGCUGAUCACCCGGACGCAAGCUGUGUGCAGAGGGUUCCUCAUGCGCGUGGAAUUCCAGAAGAUGGUGCAGAGAAGGGAGUCCAUCUUCUGCAUCCAGUACAACAUCCGAGCCUUCAUGAACGUCAAGCACUGGCCCUGGAUGAAACUCUUCUUCAAGAUCAAGCCCCUUCUCAAGAGCGCAGAAACCGAGAAGGAGAUGGCCACCAUGAAGGAAGAGUUCCAGAAAACCAAAGAUGAACUCGCCAAGUCAGAGGCCAAAAGGAAGGAACUGGAGGAAAAACUGGUGACUCUAGUACAAGAGAAGAAUGACCUGCAGCUCCAAGUACAAGCUGAAAGUGAAAACUUGUUGGAUGCAGAGGAAAGAUGUGAUCAACUGAUCAAAGCCAAGUUCCAGCUGGAGGCAAAGAUCAAGGAGGUGACUGAGAGAGCUGAGGAUGAGGAAGAGAUCAAUGCUGAGCUGACGGCCAAGAAGAGGAAACUGGAGGACGAAUGUUCGGAACUGAAGAAAGACAUAGAUGACCUUGAGCUGACACUGGCCAAGGUUGAGAAGGAGAAACAUGCCACAGAGAACAAGGUUAAAAACCUUACUGAGGAACUCGCUGGUUUGGAUGAAACCAUUGCAAAGUUAACCAGGGAGAAGAAAGCCCUCCAAGAGGCCCACCAGCAGACCCUGGAUGACCUCCAGGCUGAAGAAGACAAAGUCAAUUCCUUGAGCAAAAUCAAGAGUAAACUGGAACAGCAGGUGGAUGACCUGGAAAGCUCCCUAGAACAAGAAAAGAAGCUUCGUGUAGACCUGGAAAGGAACAAAAGGAAGCUUGAGGGAGACCUGAAGCUUGCCCACGAGUCCAUAUUGGAUCUGGAGAAUGACAAGCAACAGCUGGAUGAAAGGCUCAAGAAGAAGGAUUUCGAGUACAGUCAGCUGCAAAGCAAAGUGGAAGAUGAGCAGACUCUGGGCCUGCAGUUUCAGAAGAAAAUCAAAGAGCUACAGGCCCGCAUCGAGGAGCUGGAGGAGGAGAUCGAGGCAGAGCGGGCCUCCCGUGCCAAAGCUGAGAAGCAGCGCUCGGACCUCUCCCGGGAGCUGGAGGAGAUCAGCGAGCGGCUGGAGGAGGCGGGCGGCGUCACAUCCACCCAGAUAGAGCUCAACAAGAAGCGGGAGGCCGAGUUCCUGAAGCUGCGCCGGGACCUGGAGGAGGCCACCCUGCAGCACGAGGCCACGGCGGCCACGCUGAGGAAGAAGCACGCGGACAGUGUGGCCGAGCUGGGGGAGCAGAUUGACAACCUGCAGAGGGUCAAGCAGAAGCUGGAGAAGGAGAAGAGUGAGUUCAAGCUGGAGCUCGACGACCUCGGCAGCAACGUGGAGAGCGUGUCCAAGUCCAAGGCGAAUCUGGAGAAAAUGUGCCGCACUCUGGAGGAUCAGUUAAGCGAGGCCAGGGGCAAGAACGAGGAAUGUCAGAGGAGCCUGAGUGAACUGACCGCACAGAAGGCACGUCUGCAGACGGAGGCCGGUGAGCUGAAUCGUCAACUGGAAGAAAAGGAGAGCAUAGUAUCGCAGCUUUCCAGAAGCAAGCAAGCAUUUACCCAGCAAGUAGAAGAGCUCAAGAGGCAGUUAGAGGAAGAGAGCAAGGCCAAGAGCGCCCUGGCCCACGCCCUACAGUCCUCCCGCCACGACUGUGACCUGCUGCGGGAACAGUAUGAGGAGGAGCAGGAAGCCAAGGCUGAGAUGCAGAGGGCGCUGUCCAAGGCCAACAGCGAGGUGGCCCAGUGGAGGACCAAAUACGAGACGGACGCCAUCCAGCGCACGGAGGAGCUGGAGGAGGCCAAGAAAAAGCUCGCUCAGCGCCUUCAGGAUUCCGAGGAGCAGGUUGAGGCGGUGAACGCUAAGUGCGCUUCCCUGGAGAAGACCAGGCAGAGGCUGCAAGCAGAGGUGGAGGACCUGAUGGGCGAUGUGGACAGAGCCAACUCCCUGGCUGCCGCUCUGGACAAGAAGCAGAGGAACUUUGACAAGGUGCUCGCUGAAUGGAAAACCAAGUGUGAGGAGAGCCAGGCAGAGCUGGAGGCAUCUCUGAAGGAAUCCCGCUCCCUGAGUACUGAGCUCUUCAAACUGAAAAAUGCCUAUGAAGAAGCCUUAGAUCAACUUGAAACUGUGAAACGGGAAAAUAAGAAUUUAGAGCAGGAGAUAGCCGAUCUCACAGAACAAAUUGCCGAAAACGGUAAAACCAUCCAUGAACUGGAGAAAUCAAGAAAGCAGAUCGAGCUGGAAAAGGCUGAUAUCCAACUGGCCCUUGAGGAAGCAGAGGCCGCUCUUGAGCAUGAAGAGGCCAAGAUCCUCCGAAUCCAGCUGGAACUCUCACAAGUGAAAUCAGAAAUCGAUAGAAAGGUGGCCGAGAAAGACGAAGAGAUCGAGCAGCUGAAGAGGAACUACCAGAGAGCAGCAGAGACGAUGCAGAGCGCCCUGGACGCCGAGGUGCGGAGCCGGAAUGAGGCCAUCAGGAUCAAGAAGAAGAUGGAGGGGGACCUGAACGAAAUCGAGAUCCAGCUGAGCCACGCCAACCGCCAGGCCGCAGAGACCCUCAAACACCUCCGGAGCGUCCAGGGGCAGCUGAAGGAUACCCAGCUCCACCUGGAUGACGCUCUCCGGGGCCAGGAGGACCUGAAGGAGCAGCUGGCGAUCGUGGAGCGCAGAGCCAACCUGCUGCAGGCCGAGAUCGAGGAGCUGCGGGCCACCCUGGAGCAGACGGAGAGGAGCAGGAAGACAGCGGAGCAGGAGCUCCUGGACACCAGCGAGCGCGUCCAGCUCCUGCACACCCAGAACACCAGUCUCAUCCACACCAAGAAGAAGCUGGAGACAGACCUCCUGCAGCUCCAGAGCGAGGUGGAGGAUGCCAGCAGGGACGCGAGGAGCGCUGAAGAGAAAGCGAAGAAGGCCAUCACGGACGCGGCCAUGAUGGCCGAGGAGCUGAAGAAGGAGCAGGACACCAGCGCCCACCUGGAGCGGAUGAAGAAGAACCUGGAGCAGACGGUGAAGGACCUACAGCACCGCCUGGACGAGGCUGAGCAGCUGGCCCUGAAGGGCGGGAAGAAGCAGAUCCAGAAGCUGGAGGCGCGGAUCCGAGAGCUGGAGUUUGAGCUUGAAGGGGAGCAGAAGAAGAACACCGAGUCUGUCAAGGGCCUGAGGAAGUAUGAGCGGCGGGUCAAGGAGUUAACUUACCAGUGCGAAGAGGACAGGAAGAACGUGGUGAGAUUACAGGAUCUGGUGGACAAACUUCAAGUGAAGGUCAAGUCCUACAAGAGGCAGGCCGAGGAGGCUGAUGAACAAGCCAACGCUCAUCUCACCAAGUUCCGGAAAGCUCAGCAUGAGCUGGAGGAGGCUGAAGAACGGGCCGAUAUUGCCGAAUCUCAAGUCAAUAAGCUCCGCGCGAAGACCAGAGACUUCACCUCCAGCCGAAUGGUGGUCCAUGAGAGUGAAGAGUGAGUGAUCCUACGCUGGAACAGGACAGAAAAUAUGCGAAAUAUGUAUUUUCAUGGUUCCUGACCCUUAAUUUCCAUGUGAUUGCUUUUCACAUGCAAUAAAUUUUGCUUUGUUUUCAAUU